AUGGAUCCGACAUAUUUCGAUUAUUCGGGUAUUGAGGAAGUCGAGUGCCAUGCCGCGGGCCUGGAAUUUCGAAGUGAUGAGACCACGAGCUACUCCAGGAUAGACAAACGCGAGCUAGCUGACGUAGCUUCAAGAUUCAUCGCGAAUGAUCCAUCCUCAAAGACUACUGGACUUUGUCUUCUCAUAGAAGACAUUGGGCCUAGUGUUAUGGAGAUCUUGGGUGGAAUCCUAGAUGUCGACCCCUAUUUCUUCUGCGGGCAUAUAGAAAGAAAGUUCGUAGAUAUCGAAAAGGACCCUCCAUCAUCCCUCAUGACAGCGACCCCAUCCCGCGUCGGCUCUCAGAACUUUUCGAACCUUCACUACCAACGACCAAUCGAUCUGGGAGCACUUGACUCGUAUUCUAGUAUCCCACAUGAUCUUCGUCUUCGUGGAAGUGCUACAACGCGUCGUAGAGCGCUUCCAGAGCUAUUCGGAAGAUACGUCGGACUUAUUCGCUCGUGUUUCUUUAUAUUUUAUAAGAGAAUUGAUGAUGAGCGAUGGAUUUGUCUAAUGCUGAUGGAAUCCACAUCAACUGAUAUUAUAGGCUGUCUCUCGGCGUGUCCGAAAGCUGGUCUGCUGCUCGUCGUCCUUCGUCAAGUCCCUUACAGGAAUAGGAGAGGCAGCAUCAGCGGAACGCCGAAAUUCUCAGAGUUCCUCAAAGACCCUAGUUCCAGGGCUGCGCGACCUAUAUCCAUGAUGGACGAGGUUUCAAGGCUACUACAGGAUUGCGCCGAGGCGUCGGCGAAACCGUCGUCAACUUACGACUUGAUUUUUCUCUCGACAGGUCCAAUCAACCUCAUCAUCGACGAAUGGCUAACAUAUUCCCUCAUUAUGAACCGAUACAUCAAAGUCGAGGACGUCGUCGACUUGUACCGGUGGCGGCGAAGGAGCCAGCACAGCCUGCAUAAGCUGCAGGUCCUAAAGUGGUUUGUUGAAUCAUCGAUGAGCUCCUCCAAGAGACAUCCCGAAAACAUUCCACCUGUCGAAGAGGCGGAGGCUUUGACGCGGGAUAUUGACCACAUCAUAGCGCAGAUCGAGCAGAAUGGAAAUGCUCUGGAAGCGAUGAUACCUAUCAUGGCGUCUAUAAUUCAGCUGCUGGACUCGCGUAGGUCGGUUGUCGAAACGAUAUACGUUAAACGGUUGACGUAUAUCGCCAUAGUAUUCAUUCCGCUUUCCUUCGUCGCAACUCUUUUCAGUAUGAGCGACAAUUUCUCGAUAGCUGGUACGGGAGUCUGGAUAUAUGUGGCCACUGCCGUGCCUCUUCUGUUAGUGGUCUUGGUUGUUUCUGGUUUACCUACUUACGCCGCUUUGCGGAAGGUAAAAUCACUUUGGCGAGGAGACAACACGAGGUUGAAUAGAACAUACUCAAAUUGAGUAGAUGUCAUAUUAGAAGAGUGUAAGGUACCUGUAGUCAAACAAUUAUCCUAUUGUAUCUAUCUGUUUUCCACAGUUAAUUCCUUUUAAUGUGGAAAGAUCGGAUAGUCGGGGGGAUAUUACUGAUAUCUAAAGUGCCUGUCCUUAUAUCACCGUCCUUACUACCCUGGUCUGAUACUUUGCAACCUCCUUGGCAGGAUUAUACAAGCGAUAGGUACAUAGAUUCUAGAAUAGGUACCACACUCGCCCCUUAUGACAGUGACCUUCAUGGAAUGGCCCACAUAGCGAUGGCUUGUUGUGCCAACAACGAAACGGAGAGUAACAGUCGGAAAUGGUGACAGAGUAACAAACGGUCAUGCCCUCUAU